AUGUCCAAAGAGUACACCGACGAGGAAGAGGCUGCCGUCGUGCGAAAGCUCGAUCGCAGGCUCGUCAUGUUUCUGGGCUGCUUGUAUCUGCUCAGCUUCUUGGAUCGCUCAAACAUUGGCAAUGCUAGGAUUGCUGGACUAGAGAAGGACUUGUCGCUGUCGUCUGCGCAAUACGAUUGGCUCCUGACUGCAUUCUACAUCACCUACAUCGGUUUCGAGUGGAUGAUUCUGCUAUACCGACUAGUUCCUGCACAUAUCUAUAUCUCGAUGUGUGUCUUGACAUGGGGCGUUGUUGCAAGUUUGCAAAGCAUCAGCACCUCAUUCUCCCAGCUUCUCAUUCUACGUGGCCUUCUCGGAAUUACAGAGGCCGCCUUCGGCCCUGGCGUGCCCUUCUACAUGACCUUCUUUUACAGGCGAUCCGAACUUGCGUAUCGCGUCGGUCUGCAGAUAUCAGCUGCACCGCUUGCCACGAGUUUUGCCAGCUCCCUUGCCUGGGUCAUUGUCAAGCUAAGUCGAAAUGGGCCUAUCGCUCCUUGGAGAGCCUUGUUCCUCGUUGAAGGCUUCCCCUCAAUUCUGACCGCUGUUGCCGCAUGGUAUUACAUCCCAGAUUCGCCGUCCAAAGCCCGAUAUCUCACGCCGCGGGAACGAAAAGUUGCAGUGAUGAGACUGCAGUCUGAACAACACCAUUCGCACUCCCGUUCUGGUUCUGCAUCCAGCAUGAGUCUCGCUCAACGGUUAAACCUCAAAGACAUCCGUGCAACCCUCCUCGACCCUAAAUCAUACCUGACUGCACUGAUGUUCCUCAGCGUGAACGUGUCGUUCAGUUCACUGCCUGUAUUUCUCCCCACCAUCAUCAACAGCAUGUCUUUCUCUCCACUGGCUUCCCAAGCUCUGGCGGCGCCACCCUACCUCUUUGCGUUCCUUUUCGUUCUUAUCAUCGGUCGGUACAGCGACAAAUUUGCUGACUCGCGGUCUUGGUUUCUCAUUGGCGUCUCAUUGCUGAGCGCAAUAUCGUACGCCGGCAUCGCUCUCGCCGGCUCACUGCACGAAGCACUUGGUGACGCGGGUGGCAUCACGAUCCGCUAUGUCGGAGUUUAUGGGGCUGCCAUGGGUUUGUUUGCAUCUGUGACGCUCAUCAUUACCUGGACCUUGAACAAUCAAGCCACCGCGACAGGAAAGGGUACAGGACUAACCAUUCUGAACAUCAUCGGUCAAUGUGGUCCUCUCAUUGGUGUACAUUUGUUCCCUCAAAGCCAAGGUCCUUUCUACAUCCAGGGCAUGGCUGUAUGUGCUGGGUUUAUGGGUAUUGGCGUCGCAGGCCUAGCCUUGGUGCUGAGGAUUGUGCUCAAGCGAGCGAACGCCAGAAAUGGAUUUUAUAGUGCUCCUGAUGGCAAAGGAGACGAGUACGAAAUGGUAGCUGCGCCGUCGAGAACGAAGGACGAUGACUCCGACGCAGAAGAAGUCGAACAGACGCUCAUGGGCGGCGGGAGAAAGUUCAAUGCCGAGAAUGGAGGCGGUUUCCGGUACAUGCUUUAA